UUCCUGUUCACUUCUCUCGAGCUGAAAGAGACACAGACGGCGCGAUGGAAAGAACAACUGAGAGAGACACGCAAAGACAACAAAAGACUACCUGAAAGAAAAAAAAAGAGCGUGACCGGGUCCAGGACUCGGCUGACCCAGAACCAGUACAGAGGAGGACGGAACCACGAUGGACUAUGAACCCAAGAAAUCCAAGAAGGCUUUUGUUUCUCCCAUAAAGCGGCUUGUCUGGUCAAAAUCUGCUCGCAGGCAGGUGGAUCGAGGCAGCGUUUACCGCCGCCCUCUGCACACCGUCCCCCUCUACCCACCGGACUACCUCAUCCACCCCGAGAGGCUCAUCUUCGACUACGUAGAGAAGGAGGUCAAGUUCCUGGGUCACCUGACCUGGGUGUCGGUUUCCCUGAAUCCUUCCAGCCGAGACGAGCUGCUACAGCUGCUGGACACAGCCAGGCAGCUGAAGGUGCUGCCGUUGAAGACCAGCGUGGAUCAGGACUGUAUCCUCAGUCUGUCUGCUCGCUGUCUGCUGCUGACGUGGAGAGACAACGAGAAGCUGCUGAUGAGGAUUCCCACACACGAGAUCGCCGCCGCCUCCUACCUGAGAGACGACGCACUGCAUCUGCUGGUCCUCAAGACAGGUCUGAGGGUGGAUACAGUGGUUGCCGGGGACGACAGCCUGGACAGGAAAAAGCCAACGGGCAUAGAUGGCCGACGUCAAACCAUGAGCUGCAAUGCCGACCCUCGACCUGCAGGAGGCACAAUGGAGCGACGACACACCAUCUGUGGAGUCGACUGGAGGCCUUCGCUGUCCAGGAGUAACCACGACAAAAACCAGAACGUGGAAAGAGGUGGAGGUGGAGGAGGGGGAGGAGGAGGGGGAGAGAGAGGAGGAGGAGGGAGUUUGGAGAGGAAGAGGGUGGGAGGGAGCUGGGAGAGGAGGCAGCAAACACGGAAAACAGGAGGGAGCUGGGAGAACCGCAGAGCGAGGCCCAUGAGUGGGAGCUGGGGGGUGGGAGUGGGGGGAGGCGGUGGAGGGAGCUGGGAGAAGAGGCAUGGCGGAGGAGGUGGCGGAGGAGGUGGGAGCUGGGAGAGGAGGGGAGGAGGUGGUGGAGGAGGAGGUGGCGGCGGCGGCGGCAGCUGGGAGCGGCGGCAGGCCUGCACAGGGAGCUGGGAACGUGGGAAGAGCUACGGCAGCUGGGAGCGGAGGAACCACAACCCGCUGGAGCCGACACCCUGUCCUGACGCCUACUGCAACCUGGUGAUCCUGGCCGUGGAGAACAGGGAUGCUGCGGAGGAGUACUGCUCUCUGAUCUGUCAGAUGUUCCAGGUCAUUUACGGCCAUCAGACCAUCGAGUGCGUGGACAGAGCCGGGUUUCACCACUCCAUGCCGGACCGCUACUGGCUGCAGAGGAGUGACAGCUGUCUGACAGACAUGUCCUACAGUUACGAUCCAGACUUCAGCUGCUGCAGCUCGUACGAUGGCUCCCAGGAUGCCUUUGAGCUCUACUACAGCGAGACGUACAGCGAGAGUUCGUCUCUGUCCCUGCAGGACUCCCGUCGCAGCCUGGCUUCAGUCAGCGACGGAGGAGACAGUAACCCCGCCCUGCUGCUGAUGCAGGAGUACAUGAUCACUCUGCGUAACAAGCUGAGUCCAGUGGAGCUGCAGCACUUUGCAGUGUUGCUCAGAGAAUACAGACUGGGAUCGAACAUCGACCACUUCUGCUCCGAGCUGCUGCAACUGUACGGAGACAACCGCAAGUUCCUGCUGCUGGGCAUGCGUCCGUUCAUCCCAGACAAGGACGUCGGGGUGUUCGAGAGUUUCCUGGAGAGCAUCGGGAUCCGGGAGGGAGGGAUUUUAACCGACAGCUUCGGACGCAUCAAACGCAGCAUGAGCAACACGUCGGCCACGGCCAUGAGAGGGUACGACAACUCCUCCCUGGCGUCAGGAUCUCAGGAAUUCAACCGACGCAUUACUGACCUCACCCACGACAUCCAGGCGCUCGGCUUCCAGGACACACACGGAGACAUCGAGGAGGAAGACUACUACCUGUGAAGCAGAGAGAGACCGUUUGGGUUUCUGCUUGAAUUCAACCAGCGUUCCAACUACAAAUCUGCCCACGUACACCUGAGCCAGAGCAGCAGGUCACCUCCACUGCUUCACCAGACGGAUAGACUGUAAAUAUAAAUAGUCUGACAGAGGCGGCCUUUUAAACGUGGAGGUUUUAAAAGUGACUCUUGCUCAACGUUGUAGAAAAAACCAGCUGACAACACACAGAACACUAACCAUUUUUCUUUGUGUUAUGCAAAGAAACAUUAAAACUAGGAUUAAACAAUGCAAAUGUUAUGUUAAUGUCCAUGUUUCGGGGUUAUUUCUCUUUCAUAACAUCUCUUUUCAAAUGCCCCAAAUACACAUUUAGGUCAUUUUUAUUUCAGAGUUUUUGUUCUGGAGAUUUAUGCAAAUUAGUUCAUAUUUAAUUGGAUAGAACUGGUUUAAGUAUUUAAACAUAACAUAUCAGAAAACCUGUAAUCUAAAAAAUAAUGUGUUUAAAGUUCCCAUGAAGUCAAAAUCUGUCUUUUUAUCAUAUAUGUUGCCAGUAACAGUGAAAAUUUGUUCUGUAGAUAUUCUUAAUUAUAUCUAAGAGUUUGUGACUUCCUUGAAAAUGAAACAAAAAUGCUGAUGACUCAUCCUGCACUAGGAGGAGUGGACGUAUUGUUUGUACAAUAAACCCUUUCUUAAUUUUUAUGUUGCUGUCAUGGGUAAAAUAACAUAAAAUAACGUAAAAUAACUUUUGGUUCUUUUGGUAAAUUUCACAUACUUCAAAUCUGGGACAGGCUAUCUUCACUUUUACUCAAGUUUAACUGUGGUUAUGUGAUUUACUCACCACAUUUCAUUUCUUUUCUUUUCUUGCUGAAUCACGUUCUUGUUUGUAGCUGGAGAAAACAAAUGCAAUCUAUUAUUGAACACAUUCUGACUUGAGUCAUAAUUUGAGUACCUGUUUGCAUAAACUCAAGGCAUCUGAAUAAUUUACAAAGCUGCAAUAUGAUGGUAUUUUCCUCAGGAGCUGUAAUUCUCAACACUCACCACAUGGAGGCGGUAGAGGAGAAAAGAGAUUUAUGUCCCCUGCGAGCCAACAGCUUCAUUAUUUGGCACAAAUUGUAGUUUUAAUGAUUAUUAAUGACUGUUUUAAUAAGAAUAACAGCUUUAACAAUGAUGGAUGUAUGAAUGGAUGGAUGGAUGGAUGUAUAGAUAGAUAGAUAGAUAGAUAGAUAGAUAGAUAGAUAGAUAGAUAGAUAGAUAGAUAGAUAGAUAGAUAGAUAGAUAGAUCUCUCUGAACUCAUCUUCUCUCUCUGUGUCUCCCUCUCUCUCUCCCCCCCACAAUGCUGCAUUGACCCGUAAUCCCAGCGGCAGCUUCAUGACCUUCCCAUGGUGCACUGCUCCACUGCCCCGCGGUCCUCUCCUCUGCCAGCCUCACUGAGCAUCAGAGAGAGUCAGCAGACCCGUGAGCUUCACCCGAGUCAUGCUCAUGUCCUCCCUCUCGUUAUAUAACACACUAACGCUGUGCAUUUUAUUUUACUUUGAUUUUCAGUAGCAGCGGUGCACGAUACUGUGAACGCACCAGAGGUAACCACGAGGCUGGUUCUUCACCUCUUGACCUGGACAGAGGGAACACAGGCGCUGCAGACAAAUUACAUAGUGAAGAUAAAAACAGAGUGGCAGGCCUAAACAUGUUUUGACAAAGCUUUUCCAGGUCUCAUGACCCUGAAAAACAAUGAAAAUUAUCUUUGCUGUUUUGAGGAGGACGACACGUUUGGGCUCAUUGCUGGCAAAAAGCCAUAUUGUGGCUUCACCUUGUAGCGCCUCUGACGGUCAGAGGUCAUGAUGAGAGUUCAUAUCAGUGCAAAUGAUAACGUCCAGUUCUGCUACCAGCACAGGAGAUAAAUUCUGAGGUCAACGUUAUCCGUUUAACUGUAGUUUUAGGGUUGUGUGUGUGUGUGUGUGUGUGUGAGGCAGUGGCCACAUUGUGUAAACUUGAUCCCCAUCAUCAGAUUACAGCUCUGUAACUGCUGCAAUCAUCCAUGUGGCAGCAUUUAGGCCUCCUACCAUAUUGUUAUUAUCAGGGUACUGAUGAGCACACACACACACACACACACACACACACACACACACACACACACACACACACACACAAUCCCUUCAUCUGUUGAUAGGUGUUCUUGCAGUAAUGUUUUUUUUUCUUCUUUUUUUACAUAUUUUUACAUCACAUUUAAUCGAGUAAUUAAAUUGGAAAUUAAAGUGUUAUUAUGAUGCUGACUAGUUGUGUUUCAGUGUCAACUCGUCCUCAUAAUUAAAUGAUGCAGUAUGUUGAUUGCCAGUGACAAACAACAUACAUUAAUGUUCCCAAAACAAUGGGAACUUUGCAGCAAACAGGUGACGGGUAUACAGGACUUUUUGCUAUAGAUUAAGGUUAUGUCCACAUGUGACGUCACAGAGUUCAGAGGUCGAAGGGUUGGGUGAUGGCGUCAUCAAUACACAAAGUAUGCAGAUUCACUGUCCACACGAGAAUGCAAGGGCAGCGUUUUCAGAUUUUUCAGAAAAAGUGCGUUGACAGGAUCCAUGUGGACGAUCGGCUACAAUGAUGUGAAAAAUGUGCAUUUACACAAAAAAGCGUUUUCUAUGUGGAUGGCCUCUAAUGCAACAGAACUACCUGGUUAGGUUUGGGACAACAUUGUGGUUUGGGUUGAAUAAAAAAUAAUUUUCUUAUGU